AGCAGGGCCAGAUGGACCAGUUGGCCGUAAAGGGUCUCCAGGUCCCAUAGGAUUGUCAGGACAGAGAGGCUCUCCUGCACUUGGAGGAAUCCAGGGACAUCCAGGGAUGUAUGGUCUUCCAGGUCAAAAAGGUGACAUAGGUGAAGUCGGGCCAAUGGGCAUGAAGGGUUUACCAGGCCUUGAAGGGCCCGUGGGGACUGCUGGAAUUCCAGGUCUGAAGGGGGCUCCAGGUGGCACAGGCUUCAGAGGACUAGAUGGAGACAAAGGAGAUGCUGGACCCAAAGGAGACAGGGGUUCUGUUGGUGCAUCAGGGAUCCUAGGCCGUCAGGGUGAGAGGGGUCAGAGUGGCCUCUCAGGCCUUCCUGGUGUCAGAGGUCAAGCUGGCCCCCAAGGCAUUCCGGGUGAAGACGGAGAGGUCGGCCUCCAGGGAGUGGUUGGAAAGGAGGGGUCAAAGGGCCACAGGGGAACUCCAGGCCAUAAUGGGAAAUCGGGACCUAAAGGACCCAGGGGUCGUACUGGACAGCCUGGUCUUUUUGGUAUACCUGGAAUCCUGGGUUUUAGAGGCCUCAUUGGGACUGAGGGUGCAGAAGGAAAGCCUGGUACACAGGGUGAGCUUGGUUCUGCUGGUAUUCCUGGAACUAAAGGACACAGAGUCUGGGGGGAGCACCAGGACGAGCAGGUCCCCCAGGUGCUCAGGGUCCUCCAGGAAAGUCUGGACAAGACGUCAGUCCUGGGCCACCUGGUGAUAGGGUGA